GAGUGUAUAACACACUAGUAGUGAUUGAGGAAGUGCCUUAGGGAUGUUCACUGGCCUAACACGUCUUUAACAGGAGGCUUUGUUCAGAGGCUUUAAUUUAACUGGAUUUAUGUAAGUGUGCACCGCACAGUCAACGAUUAAAGCUCGCAACUGAUGCAAUAUAGACGACCUAACCAUGACCCCACAUCCCAUCACUGAAGCCAUCAUAGACCUGUCAGCUGGAGCAUGUGGUGGAACUGCCUGUGUUUUAAGUGGGCAGCCCUUCGACACAGCUAAAGUGAAGAUGCAGACCUUCCCUGGCAUGUACAGAGGAUUCAUGCACUGCUUCGUCUCCAACUACAAACAGGUUGGAUUACGAGGGCUCUAUCAGGGCACCACGCCCGCCCUCAUCGCCAACAUCGCAGAAAACGCAGUGCUCUUCAUGAGCUACGGCUUCUGUCAGAAUGUGGUCCGCUUUGUAUCGGGAAUUGACAGAGGCACAGAACUCAGUGAUGUUCAGAAGGCCUGCUCGGGUUCCGUUGCAUCUAUCUUCUCCUCUCUGGCUUUAUGUCCCACUGAACUGGUCAAAUGUCGACUGCAGGCCAUGCAUGAAAUGGAGGCGUCCGGCAAGAUCGCCAGUGGACAGAAAAAUACAGUGUGGUCUGUCGUGAGAAACGUGCUACGGAAAAACGGACCCUUGGGUUUCUAUCAGGGUCUCACCACCACUGUAGCCCGUGAAAUCCCUGGAUACUUCUGUUUCUUUGGAGGAUAUGAACUCAGUCGCUCUAUGUUUGCUCACCGCAUGGGCAGAGAUAAAGAGCAGAUAGGGGUUUUGCCUUUGAUGUUCAGUGGGGGGUUUGGUGGUGCCUGUCUGUGGUUGGUGGUCUACCCCAUAGACUGCGUGAAGUCUCGCAUCCAGGUCCUUUCUUUAGCGGGGAGACAAGAGGGUUUCCUCAAGACGUUCAUGGGGAUCUUACGAAACGAGGGUGUGGCGCCUCUGUAUUCUGGUCUGACCCCUACUAUGAUCCGAACAUUUCCUGCCAAUGGUGCUCUCUUUCUGGCCUAUGAACUGAGUCGCAAGAUCAUGAUGCAACAGUUUGAUCGUUGACUUUGUUUUUUGGAGUUAAAUCCCAUUUAAGCAUCUUGGACGAACAGCCAAUUUUCUAUUGAGAUCUUUGUUUUUUUAAAGAGGCCACAUGUGAUUUUGGUAUAAAGCUGCUGGUUCAGCAUGUGUACAGAACUUGAUGUCCCUGUGAUUCUCUUUUUGACAUUUUGUCUCCUCUGGAGUUAGAGUUUAUGUAGGUCCACACAGAGCCAAUGAGAGAGAGAGUCGCGUCAACUCCAUUGACUCCAAUGCAGCAGUUUUUUCACAGCAAUGGCGGUUCACGGAGGCUCUCAAUAGUUCCCGGAAGUUACUAGUAACGCAUGGAGCUGCGGCUAAACAGACCAACUGAGGUAAACUUUGAACUCAUUUAAAGACGUAAGUCAUUUAAUGAAUAAAAUAAUGAAAGGAAUUAAGCAUUUAAAGAGAAAACAUAACUUCCUGGAACUAUCUGAAGGCUCCAUGAAUCACGCGACAUGCAAAAAUUUUGAACUUCCGUUGGCGCAACUCUCGCUCUCAAUGGCUCUGGGUCCACAGAGACAAUCGUGAUCCUGCAGCUAAAAAUACCCUUGGAAAUGAAACAUAUUGCAGUAUUUAAUACAGUAGAGGGCUAAUAUCAUUCUAUUACAGCCAAGUCUGUGAAUUUGCACGAGUUUGAUAAAAGAACAGGUUAUGUGAUGUGACAGUUAGGGUUUUGCAUUCAUGUGGUUUCAUGUGGUUUAAACAAAGCGUGUCUCUAUGGCAGAGGGCUCUUGGCUGCAUACGACAUUCAAAGUCUCCCAUGUAUUGUUAGAGCCUAGUUGGCUUUUUUUUUUAAUGAGGUCUCAGUGCACAUCCAGCUGACUUUAAGACUGAAUGAUCUUUUGUGUGACAAAUGUUUAUGCAGCCAAUACUGUAUUUUAAUAUAUUGUUUUCUUUUCAGUACCACAUGGGUGUUCAGACAGAAAAAAAUUAAUGCAAUUAAAAAAACUUCUGCUGCUUCCAACAUCGCAUACUAUUCGUUAGUAUUUGAAAUUAGAAUUUGUGUGUCUUAUAUUGUGGAAAUAAGUAUUUGCUUUUAAGUACAUGGAUUGGUCUACUGAUGAAAACACGAAUUGCAGGUCCAUGUACUAUACAUGUGAUGCUCUUUUAAUAAAUUAAAUAAAUACAUUUUUAAGUUAUUAAAUCAUUGAAUCAAAAUGAUUGAUGUUUCAUUGUAGUAAUGAAUUAAACUAAUUAUAAUGUAGUAAAUGAAUAAUAGCUGUCUGUGUUGAUGUGUCAUUUAUGGCAAUGUUUUAUUAUUGUUUUAUUGAAUCAAUCUUGAGUUUCUCCAUUGUAUGUUGGUAUGGCAGCCUGAACAUCAGAAACAGGAGUAAGCGGAGUAAUAUAGUUAGAACGUGUAGUAAAAUAGUGAGGACUGAACUGAGAAAUGUUACUCAGAUCUACGGCGAUAGAAUGAUCAAAAAGGGUCAGUCAGUCCUUUCAGAUGUUACUCAUCCACUGUUCAAUGAACUAAAAUUGUUGCCCUUCGAGUCGCAGAUUCAAAAUGCCUGUAUGUAAAUCAAACAGAUUCAAGAAUUAUUUUAUUCCAUCCGUAAUCAGGUUUUGAAAAAAUACUUGUUGUGAUGUAUUGCAUAUGAACUGUUGUAUGUGGUGUCUUGUUGUGUACUGCUAUCUACAAACCAAAUUGCCUCUUGAGGACAAAUAAAGUAAAGUAACCUCCUGAAAUGUGAGAAGAGUUGUAUUAAAAUGUGUGUGAUUUUUAAUGAUCACAAUGUGAAUCUAUAGGGAUCGAUGUUUACUUCUUAAUACCUUUAGCUACGCACAAUUGUACAUGUACUUUCCCACCAUACUACUUUUAUUGCAUAGUAUUUGUAGGUGAAUUGUGAUGCACUUAAAAAAUAACAUUGUCAUCUUAACAUCUAUGUUAAAAUAUUUUAAAAUGCGAGUGCAUUCCAAAGAUGGCUGCCACCUGAACUGAUUUAAUUUGUUAGCUACUUAAGACACCG